AUGGUUGCCGAGGCGAUUGUAUCCCUCGAGAACAAUGACGAUGACCUGGCGCUUGCCGAUCGACAAAAGAAGUUUUUCUUUUACAACUCUCUGGUGUAUUGGAAGAUGCUGCUAUCCUUCGUCACCGACCAAGAGCUGCCGUCGCUUGGCUCUACCCGAGCAAUCCUUCCACAACCAAGCCGACUGCCAGAGCAAGACAAUUUGCGAAUGCCGCAUCCACAGACCGGACUAGGAGUAGAAAUCCAAGAGCUUGUCGCCCAGGUUGGUGCUCUGGUCAGAAGAGAGCGGAAGAGAAUCGGACGUCGCCGUCAUUCUUCGAGACGUGACAUCGAAGAGUCUCUCAGCGCUAUACAAGCUUCCGAAGAUCUGCACUCAAAGCUUUGUCGCAUUGAACUACCAUCGGAUUCUGCUGUCAUAGACUCUAGGGAUGAUAGGACCCCGGCAAACCAUCUAUUGAAAGCUGCUGAAGCCUAUCGCUGCACGGGCUUGCUGCAACUAUAUCAAAAUUUUCCCGAUUUAUUUCUCCGUGAUAUAGAAUCGGCGAACUGUGCAGAUCAGUCCUCUUGGUUGAACACGACUUACGGUGGUGUUGCAGCGCAUGGCAGCUCCAGAGUCUUGCUAGAUACAUGGCUGACCAGCCUUGCGCUUCAUGUGCUCGACCUUGUGCAUGAAAUACCAAUGUCUUCACGGUCUCGAUCCAUUCAGCCUUUACUCCUUGUCAGUAUCUGCAGCGAGUUUUCGCUUAACCGCGGGUUCGUGCCCAUCGGCGAACUUCAGGGCAGCCCCGGAUUCAACACCAUAUCGAGCCUACGAAUGGAGGUGCCGCCGACGACAACCGACAUUCUCCAUGGCAGGCGACUUAUUCUAUCUCGUCUCUCAUUUUUUGAGGGUGUUUUAGCUGCCAAGCCAAUCCGUCAGAUGCUGACUUUGAUCAAGGAGACUUGGAUAUCGAUGGAUAAAGAACAAGAAGAUGUCUACUGGAUGGAUGUCAUGAUUGAGAAUGGAUAUGAGACGCUGAUGGGUUGA